AUGGUUUAUUCAAUAGGUUAAGCCAAAAGAUCUGAUCCUGCACUCAAAACAAUAGCACCUGCUCCCAACGCCUAUCUUCCAAAAUUAGUUUCCAAGCUCCAAGCACCUCAAUGGACGUAAGCCCAACUUAUUACAGUAGUAUCGGAGGGGCAGCUCAAAGGGCUGGUCGAUCUACAUCAAUAGGACCUGGACCAGGACAAUAUGGCUAUCAAUCUAAACUAAUAGAAGGACCAAAAUACACAAUGAGUGGAAAACACGAAACUAAGUAAGCUUCGAUGUCACCUGGACCAGGAAACUAUAAUGAUGAAAGCUUCAGCUCUGUUUACAAAAAGUAGCCCAUGUACACUUUGGGUCUCAAACAUCACACUUCUCAAAAGGAUUUGAUCCCUGGGCCUGGACAAUAUGAUCUGAACAGUUCCUAUAUCUCCAGCAAUUCAAUUAAAUUUCCUACCUAACCUAGAUUGACAUCUUUAGAAGGCGGAAUGUCUCCUGGACCUGGAUGUAACUUAGAAUAUUAUUUUUAGAAUACAACAUUGACAAAGCAGCAAAGUUAUUAUUAGAGAAGUCUUAACCUUCAUGGGUAAUAGGGACAUCAUAGAGAUCUCCAGAUAUGAGGAAGCAAGAUCUGUAGCCAGGACCUGGGGCUUAUCAUUUAAAGAGUCUGCUCAACCUUUCCAAAAACUUCACAAUCAAAUAGAAACUACAGAACAAGGAUUAUAGCUCCUAUUAGCCAGGUCCUGGGGCAUAUGAUUAGGACAUAUCAAACAUCAAAUCUCAUUAUCCUUCUUAUAAGAUAGGCUCUGAAUUAAGGAAUACAUAAAAUGCAAUGGACAAACUGGUUCCUGGACCUGGGCAAUAUUAUAGAGAGUAAAUGAUUGAUUUGAUUAUGUGUUUAGAAGAUUGGAUAGUCUAAGCUCGUUGUAGAAGUCAGCUCCGUCUUUCAAAAUGCCGUAAGCUCUGAGGAAGGAUCUCAAUGACUCGGUUACGAUAACUCCUGGACCUGGAUAGUAUUCGAUGCCCAAGAAUUAGAAUACACAGAUGGUCUCGAUGAAGGGAUCGAAGUACAAUCCCAAUAAUUCUUCAUUCAUUCCAGGACCAGGCUAAUACAACCCAGAUGAUUCUGUAUGCAAACAUAAGGAUGGUUCAGUGAGAAUAGUGCCAGAACACAAAACAAAAUAACUAUUAACGCAAUAUUUCCCAGGACCUGGACAAUAUUCGGUUAAAUCAUCUCUCGAAGGUCCUUAAUGGGGAUUCUCUAAAGACAUUCGUCAAGGCUUAAUCAAGAAGGACGUCAUUCCUGGUCCAGGGGCCUACAAUAUCCCUCCAAAAUUUAAUGAUGUUCCGAAGUAUCUAUUGCCUAAACAAUUUUGA